UCAUCAACCUCUCUCUGAUGGGCCAUUAUCAUGAUGGCACUUUGAUAAUCUCGUCCUUCUAUAUAAUGAUACAUGCGUGGGGUUAACAAAUAUGCACCCGCACCUUCGUGCAUCCACAAGUCUGUAGACAGUUGCAGAUCUUAUUUUUGUCAUGGCUUCAAACAUGCCAUUGGAUGCUGCGUGCUUACUGUCAUUAGCACUGGAGGGCGUGACUUAUGGUUUUUCAAUCCUCAUGUUUAUCGGUACUAUCUGGGCUUUGGCCUACAAACAGCGCAUACAGGAUGUCAGUCGCCCAAUUAUUGUGGUGGCCAUCCUGCUGUUCAUACUGAGUACCGCGCAUAUCGUCGUGAAUAUCAUUCGUGUUGAAAAUGGACUGGUGAAGUAUCGCGACACAUUCCCGGGUGGGCCAGUGGCGUUCUUUGCCGAUCCUUCUCAAUACACAUUUAUGAUUGGGAAUACAUUAUACAUCUUGCAAACUUUACUGGGUGAUGGGGUAUUGAUUUAUCGAUGUUAUUUUGUAUGGCAAUCAGUCUUAAUCAUCGUCGUACCGAGCAUGCUGUGGUGCAGUGCUGCAGUGUCUGGUGUUGCUAUAAUCUACACUUUUUCGCAAAUCAAAAGUGACUCUGGUCAAAUCUAUGAAAACGAGCAUGGGACGCCUGCACAUUGGGUUAAUGCAUUAUAUGCCUCGACUAUCGCAACAAAUAUGUUGAGUUCAGCGUUACUUGCGUAUCGCGUCUGGAUGAUCGAACGCGAUGUCUCUACAAUUCGCUCUAGGAAGAACACCAUGAUGCCAAUUGUGCGCGUGCUUGUGGAUUCUGCUGUUCUGUACUCAAUGGCGCUCUUGACCACAUUGAUCACUUAUACGCGCUCGAACAAUGGACAGCUUGUUAUAUACGAAAUGGUUACGCCCAUCAUAUCGAUCGCCUUCUAUAUGGUCCUUAUUCGCGUUGCAAUCAACAGAAAACACAGUCAUCUCUCGACUAUAGGCCCGGGGAUGACCGAUGCAACAGACCCGGGCACUUUGCAGCAUCCUAUGCAGCCCUUGCAAUUUUAUAGAUCCAAAUUCACGCGUGAUGACAAUAAAGCAGUUUAUGGAAUGGGGAUCGAAGGCGGGCCAUCGAUGUUCGCAGCAGAGUCCGGAAAGGGCUCCCUAUCGAACUUGCAACCAAAUUGAAUGUGUCUUGUAUGUCGUUUGUUUUGUAUUUUCCCAGUUUUGUUUGUGCUUCUACAUAUCAUUAUGCUUGCACACAGCUCUCCAAUAUGUAGUCCGUUUUAUUGUAAUUAUAUUCC